CCCGUAACAUUGUCCGUGUCCCCCUCCCUCCCCUCCCCGGGCCGCAGCAGCAGCAGCUCCUCAAACACACGGGGGGAGAGAGAGAGAGAGAGAGAUCAUCGGCUGCAGGGACUGCUCACUGGGCAGAGGGAUCGGGGAGAUGGCGGUAGUGGCCGGGCCGGAGAUCAAUGCGCGGCUGCUGAGUGACUGGGGAACCCGCUGCGGCCCUCGGGCCUGAUUAUUGGCGCCUCAGGCAGUGACAGAGCGGAGAGAAGAUGUCGGGGGAGGUGCGUCUCAGGCAGUUGGAGCAGCUCAUUCUGAACGGGCCGGGCCGGGGGGGAUCCCUGAGUGUGGAGAGUCUGCUGGACUCGCUCCUGUGUCUGUACGAUGAGUUCUCCGCGUCUCCGCUCCGCAGGGACAAACACAUCCACGACUACAUCCAAUGGGCCAAACCAUUUGCCCUGAAAGUGAAGCAGAUGCGACUGCAUAAAGAAGACUUUGAAAUUUUAAAAGUUAUCGGCAGAGGAGCCUUUGGUGAGGUUGCUGUGGUCAAGUUGAAGAAUGCAGAUAAAGUGUUCGCCAUGAAGAUCCUGAAUAAGUGGGAGAUGCUGAAAAGAGCAGAGACGGCUUGUUUCCGAGAGGAGCGGGACGUACUGGUGAAUGGAGACAGUCAGUGGAUCACUACCUUGCACUACGCCUUCCAAGAUGACAGCAAUUUGUAUCUUGUAAUGGAUUACUACGUUGGAGGAGACCUGCUCACAUUGCUCAGUAAGUUUGAGGACCGGCUGCCAGAAGACAUGGCUCGUUUCUACCUAGCAGAGAUGGUUUUGGCCAUCGACUCGGUUCACCAACUCCACUAUGUCCACAGGGAUAUCAAACCUGAUAACAUCUUACUGGAUAUGAAUGGACACAUCCGAUUGGCUGACUUUGGCUCCUGUUUGAAACUGACGGAGGACGGAACGGUCCAGUCUUCUGUAGCUGUUGGGACUCCCGAUUACAUCUCUCCUGAGAUCCUUCAAGCCAUGGAAGAUGGGAAAGGAAAGUACGGGCCGGAGUGUGACUGGUGGUCCCUGGGGGUCUGUAUGUAUGAAAUGCUGUAUGGCGAAACCCCUUUCUAUGCCGAGUCCUUGGUGGAGACUUAUGGGAAAAUCAUGAACCACAAAGAGAGGUUCCAGUUCCCGACUCAGUUGGCCGAUAUCUCUGAGAACGCAAAGGAUCUCAUUCGUCGGCUCAUCUGUAGCCGCGAGCACCGACUUGGCCAGAAUGGCAUCGAAGACUUUAAGAAUCACCCGUUCUUUGUGGGCAUCGACUGGGAAAACAUACGCAACUGCGAAGCGCCUUAUAUCCCUGAAGUCAGCAGCCCGACCGAUACCUCGAACUUCGAUGUUGACGACGACUGCUUGAAGAACUGUACAGUGGCUUCCGUUCCUUCGCCCACUUACUCCAUAGAUUUAGAGCCUGAUCUCCAAGCAGAAGGUCUGACCGAGCCCAAUCCGAACACCCAGCACCCCGUGGCCGAGACUAUGCCACCCCCGACUCACACCGGCUUCUCUGGGCACCACCUUCCGUUUGUUGGAUUUACCUACACAAGCAACUGUGUACUUUCAGAUCGGAGCACUUUAAGAGACGCAUCUGGGACAUCCAAUACUGAUCUCAACGCCACUGUCCAACGAACACUAGAAGACCGCUUAGCCACCGAAGCAUAUGAGAGACGCAUCCGGCGUCUGGAACAGGAGAAGGUGGAACUGACUAGGAAGCUUCAAGAAUCCACUCAGGCCGUUCAGGCCCUCCAGAACUCGGCAGUCGAUGGGCCAGUCACUGCAAGCAAAGACUUGGAAAUCAAAUCUUUAAAGGAAGAGCUAGACGAGCUGAAAACUCUGGGUACAGGUGCCAACCAACUCAACCAACAACUGGAGAAGUCGAGUUUAACACGGCUGGAUAUCGAGGAAUUCUCCCGACAAAUCAAAGUGUUUGAGAAACAAGUGAAAGUUCUGAAGCAAGAGAAGGAGGAUCUGAACAAGGAUUUGGUGGAUUCCGGUGAGAAGAUGAAGACCCAAACAAAAGAGCUGAAGGAGGCGCAGAGCCAAAGGAAACAGACCUUGCAGGAAAUGGCAGAGCUUAAUGAACGACUUACUGAACUGCGCUCCCAAAAGCAGAAAUUUGUGAGGCAGCUCCGUGACAAGGAAGAGGAGAUGGAGGCAAUGACACAGAAGCUCGAAGGCUUGAGGCAAGAUCUUCGCCGGGUGGAAAGAGCUAAAAAAGAGUUUGAAGCCCAAGUAGAAUCUGUUGCCUCCGAGGCCUCCAAGGACAGGAAACUGCGAGAGAAGAGCGAGCAAUACAACAAGCAGCUGGAGAGCGAAUUGGAGGGACUGAAACUGAAACAUGUCGGCCGCUCUCCAGGGGUCAGCAAUUCCGAGCACCAGCAGGAGAUCGCCAAGCUGAAGACGGAUCUGGAAAAGAAAAACGUCUUCUAUGAAGAGGAGUUUGCCAAGAGGGAAGCGCUGCACUCCAGUGAAAUCAAGAACCUGAAGAAGGAGCUGCGGGACGCAGAGAGCCAACAACUGAACCUCAACAAAGAGAUCUUGGUUCUGAAAGACAAGCUGGACAAGACUCGCAGGGAAAGCCAGAGUGAAAGGGAGGAGUUUGAAGCUGAAAUGAAGCAGAAAUUUGACCGUGAGCGGCUCCUGUUAAUGGAGGAAAACAAAAAGCUUUCCAAUGAGCUGGACAAGCUUAGCACCAUGUUUGAAAAAAUGAGCAUCAAUAACCGGCAUCUGGAGGAAGAGAUGAGAGACCUGGCUGACAAGAAAGAGUCAGUGGCGCAGUGGGAGGCCCAGAUCACUGAAAUCAUUCAAUGGGUGAGUGACGAGAAAGACGCACGGGGCUACCUACAAGCUUUGGCUUCCAAGAUGACUGAAGAGUUGGAUUCCCUGCGGAAUUCUAGCCUGGGUGCCAAGUCUACUGACAUGCCGUGGAAAAUGCGACGCUUUGCCAAACUGGACAUGUCUGCCAGGCUGGAACUACAGUCAGCGCUGGAUGCAGAAAUCAGAGCCAAGCAGGUCAUACAGGAGGAACUGAAUAAAGUCAAGGCUGCAAUUAUCACCACUGAAUGCAAACUGCAAGAGUCUGAGAAGAAAAAUCAAGAUCUGACAGCAGAAAACGAGAAACUGAAGUGGGAGACGGAAGAGCUGAGGUCAGAAAAAGGUGUCAAACACCAGGAGUCCCAGAAUUCCUUCCUGGCUUUCCUGAAUGCACCGACCUCUGUGCUUGACCAUUUUGAACGAUCUCCGUCCAGCAAUGCCUCCAGCAAAGGCAGACGUAUGGACUCUGUGGAUAACUUCACCCUUUCCAACACGCCAUCACGCGACGAGGAUGUCAAAUCCCAAGCCCCUUCCCACUCCAGAUCUCCCUCUACCAUGAGCGACAUCGAGCCUGCAGAGGAAACAGAUCAUCGGUCAGUUCAGACACCAACUAAGAGGGCCUCCUACCUGAACUCUGGAUCGUCUGCCCCUAAGCCAAAAGCCCAUCAGUUUGUAGUGAAGACUUUCAACGGGCCUACAAAAUGCAGCCAGUGCACGUCGCUGAUGGUUGGGCUGAUACGUCAGGGCUGUACCUGUGAAGUGUGCGGAUUUUCCUGCCAUGUUACUUGUGCUGAUAAAGCCCCAGCAGUCUGCCCCAUCCCUGCUGACCAGACAAAGGGACCCCUGGGGAUAGAUCCCCAGAAAGGAAUUGGAACAGCGUAUGAAGGUCAUGUUAAAGUGCCCAAGCCAGCCGGUGUCAAGAAGGGUUGGCAGAGAGCAAUGGCAGUCGUAUGUGAUUUCAAGCUUUUCCUGUAUGAGAUAGCGGAGGGCAAAUCCUCCCAGCCCAGCUGUGUAGUGAGUCAAGUUAUUGAUAUGAGGGAUGAAGAAUUUGCAGUAAGUUCUGUUCUGGCUUCUGAUGUCAUCCAUGCCAAUCGCAAGGACAUCCCGUGCAUUUUUAGGGUUACAGCUUCUCAGCUCUCAGCAUCAAUCAACAAGUGCUCUAUCCUAAUUCUGGCCGACAGCGAGAGUGAGAAGGGAAAGUGGGUUGGGGUGCUGAACGAACUGCACCGGAUCCUUAAGAAGAAUAAGCUGAAAGACCGGUCAGUCUACAUCUCUAAAGAGGCCUACGACAGCACUUUGCCGCUCAUCAAGAACACUCAGUCGGCUGCUAUAUUGGAUCACGAACGAAUAGCACUGGGCAACGAGGAGGGACUGUUUGUUGUACACGUCACAAAAGACGAGAUUAUUCGUGUUGGAGAUAACAAGAAAGUUCACCAGGUUGAGCUUAUCCCCAACGAGCAGCUCAUUGCAGUAAUAUCGGGAAGGAAUCGCCAUGUCCGCCUUUACCCGAUGAUAUCCCUGGAUGGGAGAGAGACGGAAUUCUAUAAACUGGUUGAAAGUAAAGGCUGCCAGGGCAUUGUAUCUGGGCAGGUGCACCACGGGGCCCUCACGUGCUUAUGUGUGUCCAUGAAAAGACAGGUUCUCUGUUAUGAACUCAACCAAAGCAAGACACGCCACAAAAAGAUCAAGGAGAUCCAGGUUCCGGGAAAUGUUCAGUGGAUGGCUAUUUUUAACGAACGCCUGUGUGUGGGUUUUCAGUCGGGAUUUAUUCGGUAUCCUUUGCAUGCUGAUGGGAGCCCGUAUAGCCUUCUCCAUUCAGAAGACCACACACUGUCUUUCAUCACGCAGCAACCUACGGACGCCAUUUGUGCAGUUGAAAUCUCAAAUAAGGAAUACCUGCUGUGUUUUAGCAGCGUUGGGGUUUACGUCGACUACCAGGGUCGAAGGUCACGGCAACAGGAGCUAAUGUGGCCUGCAGUUCCUUUGUCUUGCUGCUACAACGCGCCGUACCUCUCCGUAUACAGUGAGAACGCAGUGGAUGUGUUUGAUAUUACCUCCAUGGAGUGGAUUCAGACAAUACCGCUUAAGAAGGUGCGCCCAUUAAAUUCGGAGGGUUCCCUCAAUCUCCUGGGCUUGGAGACCAUACGCCUCAUAUAUUUUAAAAAUAAAAUGGCAGAAGGGGAUGAGCUGGUUGUACCUGAGACAUCAGACAAAAGUCGGAAGCAGAUGGUUAGGAACAUGAACAACAAGAGACGCUACUCGUUCCGUGUGCCGGAGGAGGAGAGGAUGCAGCAGAGGAGGGAAAUGUUGCGACACCCAGAAAUGAGAAACAAAUUGAUUUCCAACCCAACCAAUUUUAACCACAUAGCGCACAUGGGCCCCGGAGACGGUAUCCAAAUCCUGAAAGAUUUGCCAAUGCCUCGAUCCCCCUAUCCAUCCCCCCUCCGCCAUCAGUCCAGCCUGAUCUCCACACCGAGCAACUUUGAGCACGUCUAUCACAUGACUGUAAAUUCAGCUGAAAAUUUCCUCUCUUCCGACUCAGUAAACCUUGCCUCCUCUUCCUCCUCCUCCCCGUCUCUCAGUGCUACCCCUGGCUCCCUCAGGAACCUCCGGCAGCAAGACAGUCGUUCACUGUUCAGUGGCUCGGUCAGUAUUCCGUCAAUCACAAAAUCACGCAUGGAACAUGGCCGCUCAAUGAGUGCCAGCAGUGGCCUGGCUGCCAGGUCGUCGCAGAACGGCAGCGCUUUACGGAGGGACCUUUCUGGUGGCAGUUACGGGGCAAAACUCCAGCCAAUGACAUCGCCGUCUGAUGGAUCCUUGUCUUCGGGUGGACUUGACCAAGGAAGUGAUGCGCCAGCCAGAGACUUUGAGCGAGAGGACUCAGACUCUCCAAGGCAUUCGACAGCUUCCAACAGCUCCAACCUCAGCAGCCCCCCGAGCCCCACGUCCCCGCACAAGACUAAGAGCAGCUCAUUGGAGAGUUCAGAUCACGCCAGUUGGGAAGCAUGAACUUCUUCCACCUUCUUCUCCUCGUCGGCCGCAAGUUUCUCCAAGCAAACCCAGGACCUCAGACAGGUUGCCCUGGACCAUUGGCACUGAACCUCAGACUGGCGCAAGUCAGAGCGUUGGGGAACAGAUUGGAGAUGUGGUUGAUUCUUCCUUGGUUUACAUGUGGUUUAUUUGCUACCGACACAGGGGGCCACGUAAAGGCCACGAUGAAGCAAAAUGCUACACGCAACAUGAAUGAACACUGGUCGCGUGUGUUUUGUGGGGGGGGGUGAUGAUCAGCACUGUCACCUGACCUCUCCAAGGAGAACCAAUCAGGAGCAUGAGCCCAUCCUUAGUGGGUCUCCCCUUAUGUCAUCCAUAAUGUAUUUUACUACACAGAGAAUUUAGUCUAAAUAGUACGUGUGUGUAUAUAUAUAAAUAUAUGUCAUGUAUUCCCUUUGAGGAUAGUCAUAUUUAAAGAAAAAGAGAGAGAAAUGUUGUUAUUUUAUCAAUGAAUUGUUUGCUUCCAUAUGGAUCAUGUAUAAAGCAGUUUAUUGGAGCAGAGCCCCCGGGAAUCUCCCUAAAUCAGCUUCUCUUCUGUACAAUCACUCGCUAUUACACUCUGCUCCAUGAGCUUAGUCUGACCGUGGGACACCUCUUAGUCAGGGCCAUACAUCUGAGUCACAUGACUUCAAGCCAAAGUCACAUGUAGCCACUUGAGUCGGAUCGGCCCAUUGAGAAACCGGGAGAAGUCCUGGUGGGCUCUGGUGUUUCAGGUUCACCCAACCAAUGGGCUUGUGUGCCUAUAUUGUGUCCAUUCUCUAUUUGUAUAUGAGAACAUGGCAGGGAGGAUAGAGUAGAAAGGUUUAAGGAUUUCUGGUGGGUCCCAGGCACCCCAGUCCCAAACUGGAGGAAAACGCUGCUGUGGUGCUGUGAGCCUUUUACUUAUCCAUAGAGAUAUGGAACCUACACGUCACCCAUCUCUUGUUGGCCUGGCACCCAGCAGCGGGCGCAGCCUUGGAACUAAAGAUACACGGAUGCCAAACUUCCUAUAAACCAAACCAAGGUUUUAGGUGCAAAUAGCAAUUCUCCAGUGGAAAAUAAAAUGCUAUUUCUCAGGAUUAAAAAAAGAGGAGACCACUAUUUUUGAAUAUUUGUGGAUUUCUGUUGUUCCUGCACAUAUCUACAGAAUGGGAUCUGCCACAGUUAUAUGGGGAGGGGGGGGAGAUACAGAGUUGUCUGGUUGAACGAAUCUUAUAGUUUUGUAAUGGAUCAGAAUUUUAAUAACAGGAAGGCCGAGUGAGGGAUCAGACGGUACCAAACGGUCCAGAACAGUAAAAAACUAAAAUUGAGUAAUUAGCAGAUUUGGACUGGUACUGACACCCCUAACAGUGUGUUGCCUUCAGUUCAUGUGCCUGCAGCGAACCAAAGCAGAACUGGGCCCGGUUUCUUCUGGUGCUAUUCGCCCGCUUGUGCCCGACUCCCUGCGCAGAACUAUACGACUCCACUAAGUGCUUCUAAUGUUGCUAUAGGAGAAAGCCCCUCCCUCCACGCCGGUAGCUCGUUGUAUACACAAUCUCGGCUUUGUUCUUCCUAUUUAUUUAUUUAUUGUAACUAUUUUUUUUAAUUGUCUUGUGUU